AUGGCGGCGUCGCUCGACAUGCCGCCCAGUGACUUGCUCACAGCAGGUCCUGCCGUCGACUCCACCUCCAUAACUCCGCCGCAGAGCGCCAACGGCAAGAAAGAAGCACCCGAAGGUGUGCCCGCAGAGCUAUCUGAUCUUGAACUUGAUGCCCAGCCCGCCCCGGUACCCGAUGGAAUUCGCAUUAAGCGGGAGGAAGUAGAGGAUAAGAUCGAAGAUGUUGAAGAUGUCGAAGACAUUGAACCUGAUCACUACUAUGGUGAUGGCGGUAUCCCCGUUUUCAAGCCUACAAUGGACCAGUUCCGAGACUUCCAGGCCUUCAUCAAGAAGAUUGACAAGUAUGGAAUGCGUUCGGGUAUCGUUAAGGUUGUUCCUCCAAAGGAAUGGUCCGAAUCGCUCCCACCGCUAGACGAACAAGUCAAGAACAUACGGGUAAAGAACCCCAUCACGCAAGACUUUUACGGCACACAUGGCAAAUAUACUCAGGCAAAUGAGGAACGCCAACGUUCGUACAACCUUCCUCAAUGGAAGGGUCUCUGUGAAGAAAGCAGCCACCAGCCCCCGGCUCGCAGGGGUGAAAGGCGCCGCAACCAAGAGCGGGUUAAUCGUGUGGCCCCAACACCCCGACCUCAAUCUGCUCGACCGGAAGGUCAGAAACGUCGCCCCGGCCGCCCACCGAAGCGAACGAACCAAGUCAAAAUCAAAGAAGAGCCUACUCCGGACGACGCCGACAAAUCCAGACUGGAGGGUCCCCCGACGCCUGUUUCGCCCGAAACAAAUCCAGUCCAGACCAAGACUGAGGAUCUGAGUGAUGGUGAAUCCUUGCCCCCUACGAAACCAAAAGGGCGUCAAUCAAAGUCCGUGACCUCUCGUCGAAAGAACAACCGGGGCGAUGCCCCAGAUCAAGUCGAUGAAGAGCUGUAUGCGGGCUUUGAUUACCGGAUCCACGACCACGAGGAGUACACCGCGGAAAGAUGCGAGGAGUUGGAAGCCAACUACUGGAAGUCGCUCACGUUCAAUCAACCCUUGUACGGUGCCGAUAUGCCCGGCUCGCUUUUCGACGAUAGCACGGAAUCCUGGAACGUCGCCAAAUUGCCAAACCUUCUUGACGUCCUAGGCCAGAAAGUUCCAGGUGUCAACACUGCUUAUCUCUACCUCGGCAUGUGGAAGGCCACUUUCGCCUGGCAUCUCGAGGAUGUUGACCUCUACAGCAUCAAUUACAUCCACUUCGGCGCCCCCAAACAGUGGUACAGCAUUUCGCAGGAGGAUGCCCCCCGCUUUGAACAGGCCAUGCGAAGUAUCUGGCCAAGUGAUGCGAAGAAUUGUGACCAGUUCCUCCGCCAUAAGACAUAUCUUGUCUCGCCCAGUCUCCUAAAAUCGCAAUACGGCAUCACCGUCAACAAACUCGUCCAUUACGAAGGGGAGUUUGUCAUCACUUUCCCCUAUGGGUAUCAUUCCGGAUACAACAUCGGAUACAACUGCGCCGAGUCGGUCAACUUCGCGACAGAGCAGUGGCUAGACUAUGCACGAAUCGCCAAAAAAUGCAAUUGUGAAGCGGACAGUGUCUGGAUCGAUGUGGACGAGAUCGAUCGCAAGCUACGAGGCGAAAGCACACCAGAAUACUAUGGUGAAUUUGAAAGCGAGUUCGAUGGCUUCGAAGGUGCCGCGGAUCUUCUCACACCGCCACGCAGCGUGCCUGAAAAGAGUUCAACCCGUGGCCGAAAACGGAAGCACCCGGACGACGGGCCGGACACCAAACGUCCCAAACUCCACCCUGAUGGACCACGCAAGCUCCCAUGUCUGCUGUGCCCUAAUGACCUCGAAUAUGAGGAUCUGCUGCCGACUGAGGAUGGCAAAGGCCAUGCACACCGCCGCUGUGCGUCAUUCAUUGAAGAGACCACAAUUCUCCGGGAUGCAUCUGGCACCGAGGUCGUAUGUGACGUCGACAAGAUCCCUAAGGCUCGCCUGGGCCUCAAAUGCCUCUUUUGUCGCGAGGUUCGUGGUGCGUGCUUCCAGUGCAAUUACGGAAAAUGCACCCGCGCCUACCAUGCCACCUGUGCCCUUCUGGCUGGAGUUCAAGUUGAACACGGCGCAAUUGGUGUCAUUAUCGAAGAUGGUACUCAGUAUUCAAUCCCGAGUGUGGACUUGAAAUGCAAAUUCCAUCGUCAGAAGCGACCCACCGGAACCCUGGCGGAAUCAUCUGAUGUGGAUCGCCGGGUGAUUGAGUCAGCUCGUCGUUUGGUCCAAGGCAAUUUGAUUCAGUUCCAAGCCGACAAGGAGAUUAAUGGUGCCAUUGUCAUUGAGAAUCGUCAUUCCGAGCGAAGCUUGGUUCUGAAAGUGCUCCCAAGAGGAGAUGUCAUUGAAAUGCCAUAUCGUUGGAUGCUGGUGGUUCGCAAGAGCAAUUUCCAGCCUCUUGGAGUUGGAAUCCAACCCCUCCCUGCACACCUAGCGCGAAAACCUGAACAACGAAAGGAGUUAGAGUCAGCGGUACCCGCGGCUGGCAGUGCAUUUGGUGAUGCCCGAUCUCCCUAUCAGUGGGCCGAAUUCGAGACGGUGGAUGCAACUAAGAAUCAUUUCGCCCCACUCCGUCCGGUCAAUCUCAACCAGAGCGAACGAAUAUGGUAUUAUUUGGGCAAACAGUCCACCGAGAGUAGGGCACAGUAUACGCACAACCCUACUGUGCCCAUCCACAACCCUCGGGCCAAUUUCCUGGAUAGCGUCAAGUCGCUUGGCGUCAAUGUCACGACGAAGAUCUCACCCCACCACUUUCAUUAUGCUCCCACCGCCCCUGCCCCUCACCAAAAUCUUUACAAACAAUCGAAUGUUAACACCCCUCACCUACAAUCCCGACCGCCCUCUUCUGCCUUGCAGCAUCUUGCCCCUCCCCCUCCCCAUAUCCCUGCCGGUGCUGCUGCUGCUGGAGCUCCUGCGAUGCCGUCGGCCUUUCGAACUCUACCCAAUCAGUCCUCUCGCCAUGCCCCCUAUCCUUCGGUCGCCAAGUCGCACGCUCAGCAGCAGCAUCACCUUCCGUCCACCAAUACCUUUGCCAAUGUACGAGAGCUUAUCGCCCGCCGACGCCUAGCACAAAUUACCGAGCAUGCCAAUGUUUUCGCCGGAUACGACAUCGUCAAAGCCGAGAUGGUUGUAGAUACCCUAUUGGGUCCCAUGGGAUCAAUACCACCCACCAAUGGUCUCGAAAAGCUUGAGUUGGCCAUGGCCCAACAACGGGUUCAGCCACGUGCUGCUGACGGUACCUUAUUGCCGCCUCAAACCCUGAACAUGCGGUCGGAAGAAGUCACCCGGCUUCUCCAGAUGCUCCGAUUCUCGCUGGUGAGUCAUCGCGAGCGACUUGAUGUGAUUCAAAAGAAAGAGUCGGAGGGUGUCAAACAGGAGAUUGUCGAUCGAGGCAGUGUGGCCGCCGCCAAAAUGCCCGGAAAAUAUGCCUACCUCGAUCAACAACGGGAACUUGCUCCCAAAGUCUAUCGGUCCCCCUAUGAUAUGCCAUCGGGUCUCUCCGAGUACGCCAAGACCACCUACGAGUUGAUUCCGGCAGACGACGAACCACCCAAACCCUCGUUGGCAAAUGACUUUUUCAACAGUCUGCCACCCGACAUGCAAGAAAAAAUUCUCAAGUCAUGCGGGAGCUUCGUGCAGCGUGCUAUUCAACGAUCGACCACUCACAGCCGGCAGAGUUCUACUGGUUCAAAUCUUCGACUGUCGGCCGCUCUCGCACAACAGACGGCAAAUCCGACCAUUGACAUCACACCUGUUGAUGAUCCCCCUCUCCUGUCGGGUCUCGACAUGCCACUUCACGCAGAUUCUCCGUGCUCGAGUUUUGGCCGGUCGCAUCUUCGAUUUCAGUCACCCAAUGAGUUCCCCAUGCAUGGUCCUGAACCUCACCCCGACCACCAUGAUCUUUUCGGUGAUCAGCAAGCGAAUACUCGCUUCUGGCAGAACGGGCCGUGGGUUGCUGGAGAUGGCAAUACCCCAAAUGACGAGAAUCGACCGUUUUUCGGGCCUCACAUAUUUGGAGCGCAUGAUCGAUUAAAACAUGACUAUGCUUCCUCCGACGUCUCCCUGGGCAAAGGCCCUGGUUCCUUGCACUCUGUUGACAUGGCUGGCUUCGGUCCGGACAAUGAGGAUCUUGGACUCAGUCCCUAG